AUGGCGCGCCGGGAAACUUACACGGGGAGGGAACGGUCAGCGGAGGCGGAUCGACGGUUUUCUAUCAUGGAUCUCAAACACCAGGCUGCGGAGUAUUACCGGAGCAACGAAGUGCCGCAGCGCUUGGAGGAAGUGCUCAACACCAUGUUCUACCAGCGUCCCGGGGAUCUCUACGGGUAUCUGGCAAACUUCUUCUCUGAAUUAUCAAAACCUCCAGUGAUAUGCAAAUUAGUUGCUAAAAGUGUGCUGGAUGGAACUGGCCGACCAACAUUAGAAGUUGAAGUCUUUUGCCGAGUUAGAGACUGUGAUAAGAUUAUUUGUUCUAGCAUGAUCUCAUGUCAUGCUGAAAUUUUUGAAAGUGCUUCAGCAGAAGCAAUUGAUGCAGAUGAAAAGGAAAGAUCCGAAUCUUUGAAUACGGCAAUUGAAUGGAUAAAUGAAUCACUGAAUGAAAUGCUCAGAGGCCUUCAACCUAGUGACCAACAAAGCAUUGAUGAGUUAUUAGGUAAUUAUUUUACAAAGAAAUAUGAACAAGACAAAGAAAAAAGGGAACCUGAAAAAGAAAAAGAAAAUCAGGAAACGAUGGCCCCUGCUUCUCCACUGGCUACCGUACCUCCUGGAAAAAAGAAACCAAACAAAGCAGGCAAAAAAACGUCUGUGAUAGAAAAGCCAAUAGUCCCAGCAGAACUCCCUGAACCUGUACUUAUGGGCAGUUUGGCCAUUGGAUGUACAUCUCUUGCUAUUGCAAAGAGUGCUGCAACUGUUCGUGACUUACCUUUGUACUCAUAUAUUGCUUUGCUGAAACAUGAUCAGAAGAUGCCAAAAGAACUUGUUAUGCCACUACCAAUGAUAACAAUUUUGAAUUGUGGAAAAUCAUCACCUGGAAAACUGAAUUUAAUGAAAGAAGUGAUGUUGAUACCUCCCGUCUGGUUAACAGUUAAACAAGCCAUAACAAGAUGUAUGGAUAUUCAGAAAGAGAUGUUGAAAUUGAUAGAAAAAAUGAAUAAAGAAUCUGCUUCUUCAAUAGAUGGCAAAAAAGCUGCUCAACGAGAUGCAGGGAAAAAGACGCCGAUUCCUGUUUCUAAAAAAAUAUCCCAUUUAGGUUGUCUGGUAAUGGGAUACGACAGUCUGGAACCACUAACCUUGAUCCAAACAGCAUGCACACAUCUUUCCUUGGAAUUAGGGACAGAUAUAUACUUGGGGAUAAAUUGUGCUGCUCAUGAACUAAUGGACUAUAAUAAAGGAAAAUAUGAAGUAAUUGUUGGAACACUUAAAUCUGCUGAUGAAAUGGUGGAUAUGUAUGUAGACCUGCUUAAGAAAUUUCCUUCUAUUUUAACAUUAAUAGAUCCAUUGAGAAAAGAGGACAGCCAACAGUGGACCCACCUGUGCAAUGUCUUGUGUUCUAAAUGUUAUUUAAUUGCAGAAGACUCAUGCAGGAGUUUGACAAAACUUCUGGGUUCUAAAAAAAGCGAUAUGCCAAAAUGCAGCGGCCUUGUCAUAAAACAUAUCAAUGAAGCUAAAAUUUUGGACCUUAUACAAAUGACCCAGCGAUUAGAUGGUUGGAAGCACCUUUCCAUCUUAGGAAGUCCAGAUGGAGAAUCUUGUGAUGAUAGCCUUGCAGACCUGGCUGUUGGACUGGGAACCAAAUUCAUCAAACUGGGAGGUCUUUCCCGUGGAGAGAGGAUAGUCAAGUACAAUCGACUUCUUGCAAUAGAGGAAGAACUGAAAAAGAAAGGGAGGCUUUGUAAGAACCUCUUUCUUACUUUGUUUUCAGUGCUUAAUGAAUAA